GACAGCUGACUGUAAUGUACUUACGUUCUUUAAACUACUAUAAUACAAAUCGAUUUUUGAGUUAUUAUUUUUUUUUUCAAUAGUGUUUAUUGUUUUCAAUACCAUAUAACCGACUCAAAUAUGGUGAAACUGUGAAAUGAAUAUAAUAUCAUAUAACACUAUAUACAUAAUAUAAAACAGUCACAAAACAUCGCUUCGUAGUGCCAAUACAAAUAUACAAUACCUACAUGUUUUUUUCAGUAUCGUAUGAUGUCAGUGAGUUUAGGACGCAGAACAACAGAUAAAACAAGCAACUGUGUUCAGUUCAGCAAGAUCAUAAUUUUUCAAGUAGAUAUUAACUAUUUGUGUACAAUAUUAUUGAGUGCUUAAUUCGUCCGUAUACCUAUGGUAAAUCAAUGCGGUUCGGCAGGCAUUUACCACACGAAUUCGCGUAAAUAAAUCAUCUCAUCUCAGCCUGAACGAGAGUGGACUCAAAUAAACGACACUCGCGACCACUCGAAACACAACGAUUAAAUUAAUUGUCGAAAUGUGAUUCAUUUCAAUUAAUUUUCUUAUCUGCAACACGUACGCUCGUCCAAAAUACAACAUCAGUGUAUAACAAUAUGACACACAUCACUCGUCGUCUUCGCCGCCGCCGCCACCGCUGCCGAAUUAUAACGCUGCAGCAUUAAUGUCAACACGUUUUAGAUAAAAAAUUUCAACGCUGUUGCGACCGGUGAUUUUUAUGAGGUCGAGAGCAUAAAGUGCUCACUCCGUUAUCACAGCAACAACAACAACAACAACAACAACAGAAACUACACCACCGCCGUUAUCAGACAUCGGAAUAAUAAAUCAAUCGAACCGCAGACGCCUAUCUAUUAGGUCGGUCUCGCACAUCGUAACACGGUCGGUUAGCGCGCGCCCAAUCAACACCAUUUGUUCCGGCGCUACAAUGUCGGACUCGUGCGAAGCGUAACGACAACAGCGACGGUAACACACGUCGACUUUCACCGCGCCACAACACUCGCUUAGCCGAAAACCAUGUUGAUCGUACGCAACGCGAUGGCCCGCGUGUCCGUAGAGCCCGUACUGCUGUUCUACUUCGUUGCCACGGUGUUCUCGGGAUGUCUGAGCACCAACCUGCUGCUGUACAAGGCGUGCGACCCGACGGGCGCGAUGGCCGGCCAGGUGGGCUCCAAGUGCCCGGACGAGACGGCGGCGCAGCACGUGGUGGCGCCGAUCAACGGCUGGAAGACGCUCGUCCAGCAGCUGGUGCCCAUAGCGCUGUCCAUGGCCGCGGGCACGUGGAGCGACCGGCACGGCCGCCGCAGGCCACUGAUCGUGCUGCCGGUGGUCGGCCAGAUACUGGCGGACGCGCUGUCGCUGUACUGCACCGUCGUGUGGUCGGUGUCGCCGGCGCUGACUGCCACCGCGCAGGCGGCCGCGCUGUCGCUGACCGGCGGCCCGCCGAUGCUGUUCAACGGCAUCAACUCGUACGUGGCCGACACGACCACGGAAGAGUGGCGGACGUUCAAGUACGGCACGGUCGGUGGCACCUUGGCCGUGGGCGGCAUACUGGGAAUGCUCGUCUACGGGUUCAUAGUGGUCCACGUGGGAUUCGUGCACGCGUACGUGGUGUCCAUCCUCCUGGGCCUGACCGCGCUCGUGUUCACGUUCGUGUUCAUCGACGACAAAGACGCCCGUCAGAGGGAAAAAGACGCGGGUGACCAGAUAUCGCUGUACCAGGACGUGAUCCGGGCCGUCAAUCCUUUGGACGUGCUCCGCAACUGUUACCGCGUGUUGACCAAGCACCGUACCGGCCACGGCAAGCUGGUCCUGUGCCUAGUCGUGUUCGUGUGCGCGCCGCUCACGUGCGUGCCGCUCGAGGGAGAAAUGUUAGUAUUAUAUCUAUAUUUGAGGUAUAAAUUUCAAUGGAAUGAAGUAGACUUCAGUAUUUUCAAUGCUUACCAGCUCUCCGUUGUAUUAAUAGGUACAUUGUUUGCAUUAGGUAUUUUAAGCUACAAGUUUCGAAUGAACGAUGCGUUAAUUGCUACAAUUGCUUCUGUAUUUGAUCUUUUAGCUGCAGUCGCGUUCUUUUUAAUUUCUGAAUCAUGGCAACUGUUUUUAGUGCCACCAUUAGAAAUUUUUCGAGGUGCAACAUUAGCAUUAACAAGUUCUAUAGCUUCAAAAUGUGUUGGAUCCGAUGAACUGGGUUCUAUGAAUGCAGUGAAACUAUUACUGGAAAGUUCAAUAAAAAGUGGAUUUUUACCAUUAUACAAUUUUAUUUACAACCACACAUUAGAAUCGAUGCCAAGUGCAUUUUUUUUAAUAAGUGUUGUUCUAACAGCUCCACUUAUAUUCGUUUUUUAUUUGAUAUACUAUUUAAGCAAAAAUCAAAAAACAAAUACUGUUGAAAACAUUCAUGUUCAAAAUAAAAAUCACGACACCGAAAUCGCACCUAUCAACGACCAUAACAUAAUUAAUUAUCAUAUUUAAUGAAAUAAAACUUAAAAAUGGUCAA